AUGGCCUCUCCUGCCGUCAAUGGAGAUGCCUCGAAGUGCCGGCAGAAGCCAGUCCAUGCCAACCGCAAACUGCGGGUGAUCACCAUCGGUGCUGGUGCAUCAGGUAUAUAUAUGGCAUACAAGCUGAAGUACUACUUCACGGACUUCGUGCUCGAUGUCUACGAAAAGAACCCGGACCUGGGAGGCACCUGGUUUGAGAACCGCUACCAGGAUGUGCCUGCUCAUAACUAG